AGAGCCCCUCGGCUCUAGGCUCGGGAGUCCGGAGACCGCUGAGGAGCCACUCGGGGUACAGGAAAGGGCCGCCGGGCCUGGCCGGCCGCACUCGAGGUGUCGGGGCCGCGGGUCUGAGGGAUGAGGAGGGGCCAUGGCCAGCGACGGGGCCAGGAAGCAGUUCUGGAAGCGCAGCAACAGCAAAGUCCCGGGCAGCAUCCAGCAUGUGUACGGCGCCCAGCACCCCCCCUUCGACCCACUGUUACACGGCACCUUGCUCAAGGCCGCACCCAAGGCGCCCGCCACACCCGUGAAGGCCAAGAGAAUCAGCACCUUCCAGGAGUUUGAGAGCAACACCAGCGAUGCCUGGGACGCCGGCGAGGACGAUGACGGGCUCCUGGCCAUGGCAGCCGAGAGCCUGAACACCGACGUGGUCAUGGAGACGGCCCACCGCGUCCUGCGCAACCACAGCCAGCGGCAGGAGCGCCGCAAGCCGCAGGAGGCGCCGGGACCCGAGCAGGAGCCACAGCCUUCGGCAGAGCCUCCUUCGGUCCCAAGCGGUGACCUCCGGCUGGUGAAGUCCGUCAGCGAGAGCCACACAUCCUGUCCUGCAGACAGCGCCGGCGACACUGCUCCUCUGCAGCGGUCCCAGUCUCUCCCGCACUCAGUGGCGGCCGCCGUGGGUGGCACGUCUGACCCCAGCGCCCUCAGCAGCUCAGCGUUAAGUGAACGAGAGGCCUCCCGGCUCGACAAGUUCAAGCAGCUCCUUGCCGGCCCGAACACAGACCUCGAGGAAUUACGGAAGUUGAGCUGGUCCGGAAUCCCUAAGCCGGUUCGUCCAAUGACCUGGAAGCUGCUCUCAGGUUACCUUCCUGCCAAUGUGGACCGAAGACCAGCCACUCUCCAGAGAAAACAGAAAGAAUAUUUUGCUUUUAUUGAGCACUAUUACGACUCUCGGAAUGAUGAUGUUCACCAGGACACCUACAGGCAGAUCCAUAUAGACAUCCCUCGAAUGAGUCCAGAAGCAUUAAUACUUCAACCCAAAGUGACAGAGAUUUUUGAAAGGAUAUUGUUUAUAUGGGCGAUACGUCACCCUGCCAGUGGAUAUGUUCAGGGGAUUAAUGACCUUGUCACUCCUUUCUUUGUAGUCUUCAUGUGCGAACACAUAGAGGAGGAGGACGUGGACGCUGCCGACGUCUCCCGCGUGCCCGCAGACGUGCUGCGUGAUGUCGAGGCCGACACGUACUGGUGCGUGAGCAAGCUGCUGGAUGGCAUUCAGGACAACUAUACCUUUGCCCAGCCUGGGAUUCAAAUGAAGGUGAAGAUGUUGGAAGAGCUCGUGAGCCGGAUUGACGAGCAAGUCCACCGGCACCUGGACCAGCAUGAGGUGAGGUACCUGCAGUUCGCCUUCCGCUGGAUGAACAACCUGCUGAUGCGGGAAGUGCCCCUGCACUGUACCAUCCGCCUGUGGGACACCUACCAGUCUGAACCUGACGGCUUCUCUCAUUUCCACCUGUACGUCUGCGCUGCUUUUCUGGUGAGAUGGAGGAAGGAAAUUCUAGAAGAGCGGGAUUUCCAGGAGCUGCUGCUCUUCCUUCAGAACCUGCCCACAGCCCACUGGGGCAACGAAGACAUCAGCCUGCUGCUGGCUGAGGCCUACCGCCUGAAGUUUGCCUUCGCAGAUGCCCCCAAUCACUACAAGAAAUGAGCCGGGGCCAGCGCGGCUGGCCUCACCCACCCGGGGUGGUGCCCCCAGCGCCCGUGGCUGCAGGCCGGUGGCCAAGGAGGGGCCUUGCUGGGCUGCCCUGCUCUCCAGGGAGCUGGCCAGGACUGGGCGUCAGGCGAGGGCCAGGGCCUGGCCGGGGGCCGCCUCUGUUUCCUAAGAUACCAAAGAGAGCUGGGGGAGGGUCUUGGCCCUUCAGGGGGCCGGGAGUGGGUGGGCAUCUCCCUGCCCUGUCCCUGGAGCAUCCUUGCCAAAUGCCCACCUCCUGGAGCCCCCAGGGCACAGUGGCCCGAGAGCCAGACCCUCUUGGAGGAGCCUGCUGUCUGGUGCCGGGGCCAGGAGGAGGUGGUGGUCAUCUCAUACCUGCUUUGAAAUGCAAAAACCCUAUUCUGUUGAGUGAAAGAGAAUAAAACAGAGACAAAAUAAGAAGUGAA